AUGGGUGGGGUGUGGUGUAACAUCGCGGGAGUUCUCUCAAAAACUAAGGUGGAUGGAAGCCCGUUACGGCACUUUUUCCGAAGUAAGGUUGGGAAUGGGGAGAAUACCUCUUUUUGGUUGGAUCCAUGGUUAUGUUGCGAACCUCUAAAAAUCAUUUUUCCGGACUUGUUCAAGUUAGAGAAGGAGAAAAGGUGCAAGGUGGCGGAUCGGGUGAACUUUUGGGUUGAGGGUAGUGGUAUCGGCUCGAGUUAUGUGUGGGCUUUGGCUAGAAAUAUUUCGGCCGGAAGGGAGGUGGAUCAGUUGGUCGAUCUAUGCAAUAGGCUGUUAAAUGUCAGACUCGAAGACAGACAAGACAAAUGGGAGUGGAUAGGAGCUGAAGAUAAGGUGUUCAGUGUGGGUGCGGUGAAGAGACUUUUAAACAAAGAAGGGCAGUACAAUGUUAUUCCUCUUGAUACCCCUGAAGAGUGUAAAUGGAUCCCGGAAAAAUGUAAUAUUUUCACGUGGAGAACGGCUAUGAAUAGAAUUGCUACGGUGGACGUGUUGAGAAAAAGAAACAUCGAGGUCCAGGAGGAUACGUGUGCGUUAUGUAGGGACGGAGAGGAUUCGGUGGCUCACAUUUUUUCCUCGUGCUAUGUGGCGUCGGUGGUUUGGCAGCAAAUUAGUAGGUGGUGCAAGACUACUAACCUAUACUUUUUUAGCUUCAAAGACAUUACGGAGAUUCACGAUCAUGUGGGUUUCACUGGCGAUAAAAAGGAAGCUUUCAAAGGUAUUGUUAGGAUUGCCGUUUGGAGCAUUUGGAAAGCGAGAAACAAAGCAAGGUUUGAGAACAAGGAAAUUAGAAUUAGGGAGAUUAUUAGUGAUCUAAAAGCGUCUAGUUACCUUUGGUUUAAAAAUAGGACUAAAUUUAAAGAUCUUUCGUGGCUCGAUUGGUGUAAAUUUGUAAUUAUGUAG